GGGAAAAUGAGUGAUUUGCUUUCUGGCUCCAAAUGUUCAUAGAAAAUAAACGUCAGUCUUGCUUUCAAACACGUGACGACUUGUGAUUUGGUUGAAGAUACAACCUGAAGAAAUCCGGAAGGAAACUUGUCCACGUGAAGUGAGCUUUAGGUUGAAGUGGUUGGGUAACGUGACGCGCGUGACGUGUGAACCAUGUCAGCCUGAGACUAACUUCAUUCCAGAGUAAAAACUGGUUUUCUGGUUUUGUCCACACAGCAGCUAUGAUUCCAGUUCCUUCCAGGAAGGGAGAAGCGCGUUCGUGUGACGCUGAAACCGGCUCCUCCGAUCCAGAUGCGAGUGCGCCUCCGCGGACGGACGGACGGACAUGGACCCCCGCUUCCAGGACUGGAUGUCAGCUUUGCCCGAGCAGCUGUGGGACAUCCCGCUGAACCAGCUGGCCAUACCCGGCAGCCAUGAUGCUAUGAGUUACUGUCUGGACAUAACCUCUCCACUGGUCAGAUCUGAGUCCGACUGCUUCCGGUUACUGGACAGACUUUUCUACUGCUUCACCAGGCCUUUCAUCUUCAAAUGGGCAACCACUCAGGACAAAACCAUUGAGGAACAGCUGUCGAUGGGGAUUCGGUACUUUGAUCUCCGCAUCGCGCACAAACCCCAGGACUCAUCCAGUGACCUUUACUUCACACAUGUCAUUUACACACAUGUAACCGUUUUGGAGACACUUCAGUCUGUUGCUGCUUGGCUGAAGCUGCACCCCAAGGAGGUCGUCAUCCUGGCGUGCAGCCACUUUGAGGGGAUCGAUGACCGAUUUCACGAGUCGUUCAUCGUCUGCUUGAAGAAUCUGUUCGGGUCAAAGCUGUGUCCACGGGAGGAAUCGGAUCUGAGCCUGCGGAGUUUGUGGAAGUCCGGUUACCAGGUCAUCCUGUCCUAUGAGUCCCAGCUCAUAGCCAGGCAUCCAGAGCUGUGGCCUGCCAUCCCUUAUUGGUGGGCCAAUAGUAACACAGCCCAAGGAGUCAUCAGCUACCUGGAGUGGCACAAAGAUCAGGGACGUCCAGAGAGCUUCUUCGUGUCCGGCCUUAACCUCACAGCUGCCAGGUCGUACAUCACCAAGAACCCGAAGGAGUCCCUGCGGACACUAACCUUUAGAAACUGGAGCUGCGAGAGGAAAUGGGUGCAGGAGCAGGUACCUGGAUCAGGAUCCACCAGCCUCAACAUCAUAGCAGGAGACUUUGUUGGGCCACUUCCACUCUGUUCGCUGGUGAUUGAACUGAACCACAAACUGCUGAGGAAGAUCAGCGGCCAAACCGAGACUCAGAAAUAAAGCUUUUACCAUCAAAUUAAUCCAGAAUGUGCUCAGAGAGCUUCCAAAAGGGAUUCCAUUGCAUAUUCGCUUGUACAAAGCACAAUAAAAACAUCUUUUUAUCAA